UUUCAUUGCGUUUUGGAAUAGUCGGUGGCACUUUUGCAUUCUCGCGUUCGCCUCGUCCACCGUCCAGUUCCGUAUCGAUCUUUGGAGUGCAAUUGAAUUGUUGUGUGGCGUCAAGUGCGGGUUCUCGGGUCGUGAUGAUUAGCACCAAGAAAAUCGAAGAAGGCCAGGAGUUGAUUCGGCAGGCCGAAAAAAGUCUGAAGACAUCGCUGCUGAAAUGGAGGCCGGACUACGAAGUAGCCGCGGAUGAGUACCAGAAAGCUGCAACCUGUUUUCGGUUGGCUAAGUCUUAUGAUCAAUGCAAAGAUUGCUUCCACAAAGCAGCUGAUUGCCAUAAACAGGCGAGAUCUUGGUUCCAUGCCGCAAAAUGUUAUGAACAGAUCAUAUUAAUAUUGAAAGAAACGAAUAAUUUAACGCAAGUUGAGGAGUUUGCAAAUCGUGCAUGUCAUUUAUAUCAACAACAUGGAUCCCCGGAGUCUGCAGCGAGCGCCCUUGAUAAGGCUGCGAAGGUAUUAGAAGCAAAUUCUCCGGAGGCAGCACUGAGACUCUAUCAACAUGCAAUAGAAGUUGUUAUGAAUGAAGACUCAACCCGGCAAGCAGCGGAAUAUGCUUCAAAAAUUUCUAGACUUAUGGUGAAAUUAGGAAUGUAUGAUCAAGCUGCCGAUGCCCUCCGACGGGAGAUUGGUUUAAAUCAACAAACCGAGUCAUAUGGGGCGAUUGGUCGUCUGGCUGUUGUACUUGUUCUCGUUCAAUUAGCCCGCGGAGAUAACGUUGCGGCUGAGAAAGCUUUCAAGGAGUGGGGUAACUGCUGUGAUGUUCAGGAAGUGCAAACGCUCGAAAUGCUUUUACAAGCCUUCGACGAUGAGGAUCCAGAUGCAGCUAAGCAAGCGUUGGCAUCGCCCUUCAUUCGUAGCAUGGAUGUGGAAUAUUCUCGGUUGGCACGUGAUUUACCGCUACCGAAAGGUGCCUUCGAAUGCACCGAAAGUUAGUGUUAUAGAGAAUGCUGCAGCAUCAUAUAAAUCACCUAAUGCAGGAAAUCCUGCUCCCAGUGCCGGCGACUCUGCACCGCCAACGAUAGAAGACGACAUGGAAGAAGGAGGACUUUGUUAAGGCAUCAAGCUGUAGCGAAUAUUUUUAUUACAAUUAAAUCUUACUACGUUCGAAAAGAAAUAUAAAUUUCCAAAUCCAUAAAAAAUAAAUAUUCCAGAAGCGAUAUGAAUAUUGAAACCUUAUAAUUAAGAAGAAGAAGAAUAUUACAUUUAGGAGAGAGAAGUAUUUGCAAAUACAGAAAAAUCUAUUUUUGUCUCCAUCAUUUCCAUACAUAACGUAAUUAUCAACGGGUUUGUUUAGAGCUUCAUUGUACUAUUAUAUAAAUUGUUAACUAUAUAAUAGAUAAAUUAUAUUUGUAUAGAUAAGAGGAGUAUAAUUUUAAUGAAACCUUCAGACGUAAGGAAAGAGGAGAGAAAUCUAAAAUAUUAUAUUAAUGAAUUUUAUAUUAUAGUAAAACGAACAUUGUAUUUAGGUAAAAUAACUAAUUGAAUUAAUUAUUGAAUAACGAAAGCAUAAUUUCAAAGAACUAUUAAUUAUGAUUAGAGGAAAAAAACACGACAUUAUCGAACUAGCUAAAGACUAGAGGUAUUUUCUUGAAGUCUUCAGAAAUGGUUUAAAAUGUAACAUUUUAUUUUAUACAUAUUUGCAUCAAUCUUGUUGAUUUUUUAUGUGUACACUAUGUAUGGCGGGGCGACCCUUAUCUAGUGUUGUAAUCUUUGAAGACAACAAAAACUCUGUGCAAUUUAUUUGAUGAGAAAUAUAAAUAGUGUAAAUUUUAUCAAAAAUUUGUUUGGGGAUGAAAGUGUCUGUAAACUAAGUGUUGUUGAAGAAUAUACGCUUAAAUGAAACUAA